UAAAAUGCAUUCGUUUCAAAAUUUUCCAUCACUCCUGAAGUUUUGAAAGAAAAAAAUGAAAAACAUUCGAUAUCCCAUUGUUCAUUUGCGACCCUCCCAUUCCCAUAGGCAGACCCAGUAAAAAGGGGCACAAAAGAAAAAGCUGUCUCCCUGUCUCUGAGCUGUGCUUGCUUUUUCUUGCCUCCUGGUGGCUGCCGCCUCCAUUCUCGGCCGCCAACGGCCCAAAACCUGUGAGCUCCUAAUUUUUUCUGUUUUGGAAGAAUUUUCUAAUUCUGGUUUGAAAAGUUUGUUCUUUUUUCCUGUUUGUGAGAUCUGAAACCGGAUUUCUUCAUUCUUUUUGGAUAAUCGAAUUGUAUUCAUUAAUCCAAAGAAGCAAGUUGCUAACAGGUUGGAUGUGUUUGUAGUUGGAUGGGCUUGCAGUGGUGAGAGAUUCCGCUCAAAUUAAAAAAAAAAAAAAAAAAAAGAGACGAUUACUUUUUUUUUUUUAAUUUGGGACACGGAGGGUUGGACGUUUCGUGAUGAUGUUGGGGAGAUAUUCUGCUCAAGUCUCUGGGACUGCAAAUGUAUAGUUCGAUAUAUGGCCUUUAAAGAUGCCUUUGUUUCUAUUUCCCCCUCUGUUCCAAUAGAAGGGAAGCUUCUUCCGUACUCUCUAUAGAAGAGUUCAAUUCCAUUUUUUCCGCCAAGAAAGAGUUCAAUUCGAGCAACCAAAAAUGUUAAAAAAGUGAAUUUGUAGCUGCUCAUAGACGGUCCACUUUCAAAAGCUCAUUAAAAGCAAGAUGAUUGAUCAGUUCAUCAAUUUUGUCAUUCGACCUCCCAGUAGUUUAUUUUUAAAGAGGAGUCAGCAAGAAAACAAGAGAAACGCCUAAAAUGGACAAAGCUUUCAUGUAAAGCAUUACCAAACCAGGGCUGAUUAUAACCCAGACCAGUAUCUGUGGGAAAGGGAAUUUACUCUUGCAGGAAGGCAAUACAAAAGACAAGACUUGGAGGCACCUUACAAAUGCAAGGGGCCAUAUGUUGCGCUGUAGUCAUUAUAUGCCUUCACCAUAUCCUGAAGAGACUUCUCUCCCUUGUGUUAUAUACUGCCACGGAAACAGUGGAUGUAGGGCUGAUGCCAAUGAGGCUGCUGUAAUUCUUCUUCCAUCAAAUAUUACGGUAUUCACUCUUGAUUUUUCGGGUUCAGGCUUAUCUGAUGGUGAUUAUGUUAGCCUUGGCUGGCACGAGAGAGACGAUCUCAAGAUUGUGGUAGCAUAUUUGAGAAGUGAAAAACAAAUAUCACGUAUAGGUCUAUGGGGACGAUCAAUGGGUGCUGUCACCAGCAGCCUUCUUUAUGGAGCUGAAGAUCCUUCAAUAGCAGGAAUGGUGUUAGACAGUGCCUUCGCAAGCUUAUUUGAUCUCAUGAUGGAACUUGUUGAUGUGUAUAAAAUACGACUUCCAAAGUUCACAGUUAAGAUGGCUGUGCAGUACAUGAGGCGUGUAAUUCAGAAGAAGGCAAAGUUUGAUAUCAUGGGUCUAAACUGUCUGAAGGUGGCACCUAAAACAUUCAUCCCAGCAUUAUUUGGACACGCCAGUGGGGACAAAUUUAUUCAACCUCAUCAUUCUGACCUCAUCUUUAGAUCAUAUGCGGGAGAUAAAAACAUUAUAAAAUUUGAUGGUGAUCACAACUCCUCCCGGUCUCAGUUUUAUUAUGAUUCAGUCUCUGUUUUCUUCUACAAUGUGCUUCAACCUCCCAAGGUUUCUACUUCUUGUCCAAGUAAGCUUGAGAAAUACUAUGACCUGGGUGAUUUGAAAGUCGGUGCUGCUAUGGACGAGGGUCUGUUGUAUGAAAUAAUCACUGGCCUUCAAUCUGCAUCAACCAAUGAUGCAAGUUCAUCUUCUGCUCCACCUAGUGUUUUGACGACAAAGCCAGUUAAUGAAAUGUUCUCAGAAGUUGCACCACUUACUGGAUUGGAUUCCAUCCUUAGUAGAGAUGAUAGACCUGAAAGUGACAAACCAUCAAAUUUACAGGAUAAGCCUAAUGGCCAAAGUGACGAAUGUUGCUCGUAUACAAGCUCCAACAGGGAAAGUUGGGGAAGAUGCUCUUCACUAGGUGGCAGUGAUGAGGAAUCUUCAGCAGACUGUACAACUGCUGACAACAGUCAUCAGGCGACUCUUAACGUGCUUGCAACACAUAUCAAAAGCAUGCAGCUAAAAUCGGUCGACCCAUCAAAAGAGAAAAAGAUGAAGAAGAGAGCUUCAACAGCUCCAAAGAAACUCAAACACGAGAGAUUUGAAAAGCUAGAAGCCCUUAGCAAACGACUACGCCUUUGCAUCCUAAAACGAGUAAAUCACCGGAGGCAUCGCUCCACAUGACUGCCCCUGUAACAUAACUGCGUUGUUUUAUUAGUUUUUUCAGUCCCAAGUGUUCAAUUCGUCUCCAGGUCGAAGCUUAAUGACACGUUUCCAGCAAGCUUUUCCUUCGAGUAUGUAUAAAUGCAGCAUCCACGUAUUUUAUUGAACACAAUAUUUGUCCAAUCACUGCCUACCAUGCUCAACUACAGACCUACAAUAUCAUUAUGCAAUGAAAUAUGGUCAGUAUGGGCGCGUGACACUCUUGGACGGACAGCUUGAUAUUAUGUGAGGGAUACCAUACUGCAUUUAGAAACGUCAAGAUUUGGACUAGUUUCAUCUCGAAGCGCUACGGUUUCGGUCUCUCAUUGCUUGCCCCUAAUUUAUGUAGUUUAGAAAACUUGGUGCUUUUCAUUCAAAAAUAAAUAAAUAAAGAUGAUCAACGAGGUUAAAAAAACGAACAAUGUUUCAAAUUUCGCUUUCCUGAAAAGGUUGACGUAGUGACUUCAAUUUCAAUGAAAGUUUUGAAUGGAGACACAUGGUAUUGAUUACUUCAAA